CGUACAUGUUAGCCACGGCAUAUCAGCGCGAACGCCUUAGCAAAACGACGAGCAUUGCACAGCUUUGCACAACAAAAGCAACAUGGCGAAGGCAAGUAAAACGGUGGGGCCAGCCUGCAGGGCGCGAAGAUAUUCAUUGGCGGCCCUAAGGAUGCGAAGAUAACCGCGCAUGGCGCACCGCGGGGCGCGAUUUGCGAAUACAGGUGACCUAGGAGCCUUCUUGCGUAUUAAUUCUUCAAACACGCGGCAACAGGAAUCCGUGGCCGUAAGCAUGUAUUGAUCAAUCACGUUGCAUCUUGUUUUUUUUUCAGAAAGCGGCUGUGAGGCACUGCCAGACCCGAAGGCAUGUGCAGCGUUGGCGAAAUGGACAAGACCGAGACUGGCACAAAGAUGUACAUGACGCUCUACCCGGAGAAGAGCACGGAUGGUGGCCUGCGCCUGGGAAAUAUUUGUCCAGAUUUCUCAGCCGAAACCACGCACGGCCCGAUGCCUAGUUUCCACGAGUGGAAAAAGGGCAAAUGGGCAAUCCUUUUCAGCCACCCGGCAGAUUUCACUCCCGUCUGCACAACGGAGAUCGGCCGUUUGGCGCUCAAGUACGACCAGCUGACAGCGCUGGAUAUCAAAUUGGCCACUCUCUCUGUCGACCCUGUGAAGUCGCAUGAGGAAUGGCUCCGUGACGUUGUGGCCCACUGCGAGAACAAGAUUGAGGUCAAAUUCCCCAUCAUCGGCGACGCCGACCGCAAGAUCUCCAAGAUGUACGGCAUGAUCGACCCCGGGACGUCGGACGAGCAGUCUUUGCCGCUCACGAUCCGCGCCGUCUACAUCAUCAACCCAGAGAACAAGUUGAUGUUGAUGUUGAACUAUCCAGCCUGCGUCGGCCGCAACAUGGACGAGAUUGUGCGUUGUUGCCAGGCCUUGCAGAUGUCAUACCAGAAGUCAGUCGCGACGCCGGCCAACUGGCCGUACAACCACGAGAGCAUCGGCAUGAAGGGCGCCUUGUUCUUGCUCCCGACGGUGUCCAAAGAGGACGCGGACAGCAAAUUCGCAGGCUACAAGACGUGCGAGGUCCCCUCGGGUAAGUCGUACCUUCGCCUCAUUCAGGCAAAAGACCUCGGCAUGCCGCAUCUGAUGCCUGCGGAGAAGCCAAACGGGGCCUCCCCGGAGUGCGGCUGCAGCGUGAUGUGAUCAUUCCCGCGCAUCUUGAGAAGCGUGUAGAGCACGCGUGUGCGCGCCAUUUGGAAUUCAGGCGGUGUGGAGCUCCCAAUGCAUGACCCUUCCAUGGACCCCCGUCGCCCUCCGUCAGGGAUGUCGCCCCCCGUCAGGGACCUGCAAAAAACAGCGUCCUGAUCGGCACCCCGCCAGUUUUUCGCCGCUGCCCGUCCACCCGCUGCGCUUGACGCCUGGCGAGAUGCCGGCGGGCACCGCGCGCGAGGUCCCUGAGCGCGGUGGGCGCUUGCAGCGGAUCCCUGGUCCAUGCUACCGUGGACCCUUCCAUGAGUUUCGUCUUCGCUUCCCCCGCAGGAGACGAAUUGGUCACCGGCGUGGCCCUGCGCCCGAUGUGUCCUCAUGUCGAGGCCCCUCCGCCGAGAACUGACCAAUUUCCACUUGCUCAGAGGGCAUUGCCUUGCCUCUGUAUUGGUUCCCUCGGCGCUGGCAAGGUAUGGUGCAGUCGCCGUGGCGCUCUUCAGCAAGGGACCGAGAGGCACACAAAAGCACGAUGCAUCUGGAAGAGAGGGGCGGUGGAGCCGAUGGAGAG